AUGGUCGGAGACAUGAAUGAUUUCCGGGGUCGCCUUCGUCAGGCGCAAAUGUCCAAAGACAGCACCACAACUGCAUCCAACAUCAACUUGCGAGGACCGGAGGCUGUAGAACCGCAUGCGCCACGGCGAUCCAGACAUAAACCAGACCCAGGCUCAGACUCGUUUCAGGAUGUUGAGAUCCCAGUAUCGCGGAGGCGACCCAGGACACGACGAGGGCAUGCCCCAUCUAUCGACAGUCGCGAGGGCAGCUCCGUAGGGUCACCUGGGCCACGAGCUGGACGCUUCAUGCCGUCUCGGCCAAUGUUCGACUGGCUUGGACCACUGUGUCAACUGUUGAAAAUCAGCGAAGACUCGUCCAUAGAUGACAUAUCUGACGCUCUCGAGGAUGCUGCCUCAAAAUUAGAAUUGGCAGAAAGCAUCAGAGAAACCAUGAUGUCCGCAAAGAAAUUCAACAAUUAUUUACUGGGAUUGCACAAAAUGACGUUCGAUCAAAGGAAGAACCGACAAGGAGAGCGCUAG